ACCUGCUAAUUUAUUUGGGCAGUCGCGUUGACAACAGUGCCAACAGCUUUGGACAUUGGGGCGAAGACGCUACGACACCGAUGCGAGAAGAUCAGACACAACGGCUUUUCUUGAUCAAAUGAAUUAAGCUUGCGAUGUUGUAGCCAGAAUAUUUCUUUCUUCCAAUGGAGCAUAAAACACGGACACUGUCCUUUAGAAAUUGCCUAUUAUUCUUUACCUUUCAGGUAGUAGUAGCUUUUUUCUUGUUCUCUGCUUUAUUUCAAGUCAAACACGGAAAUGAUCAAACUGAGCCCAUUGAUGUUACUUCUAAGCCAGAGGAACCAGCAAAAAUUAUUCUCCUGUGGACUUGGCCCUUUGGUUAUACAUUUCCCCUGAACAAGUGCCCGAGUCAAUUUGAUGGAACUGGUUGUUUUUUUACAGCCAAUCGCAGCUUGUAUUCAGAGGCAGCUGCUGUUGUUCUGCACAGUAGAGAUGUAUGUUCAUCUAGGAAUCAGUUACCACAGGCCCCAAGACCCCCAAAACAAUAUUGGGUUUGGUUUACCUUGGAGUCCCCAAGCCACAAUCCCAACACAGCGUUUAUGGAGAAACUCAUCAAUCUGACCAUGUCUUACCGUGCUGACUCAGAUAUUUUUACUCCUUAUGGCUGGCUAGAAAGGCAUGAUGGAAAAGAAAACUUCACUAUGCCCGCCAAGACAAAACUAGUAGCCUGGGUAGUCAGUAACUGGAACCCAAACUCCAGAAGAAUCAAAUAUUAUGAGGAGUUAAAGCCACACCUUGCUGUUGAUAUCUAUGGCCUACAGCAUUUACCGCUUCCUAGACCAAAACACAUUGAAAUUCUUUCCCAGUACAAAUUUUAUUUAGCUUUUGAAAAUUCAAUUCACGAAGACUACAUCACUGAGAAACUCUGGCAUAAUGCCCUCUCAUCGUGGGCUCUACCUGUUGUUUUGGGGCCCUCGCGUUCUAACUAUGAGCGUUUUUUACCCCCCGAGUCAUUCAUCCACGUAGAUGACUUUCCAACUGCUAAGGGACUUGCUGAUUAUCUAAACGAGCUUGAUAAAGAUGAUAAUAAAUACAUGCAACAUUUCAACUGGAGGAAACAUCUAAAACCAGUAGCACCUGAGAGUUGGAACCCCCAUUACUGCAAAGUAUGCAAAGCUAUAAAAGACGCACCGUCUUAUAGGACUUUUCCAAGCAUUACCAAUUGGUUUAAAUAAAACAAUAUGCACAAAUCAAAUGAACAUUCUAUUGUACCUAUUUAAUAGGAGACUUCUAAAAUGUAAAUAACCCUGUAAUAGUAUUUUCAUUUUCUAUUAUUGAGUCAGUACUACCUAUGGCUUGUGUAUUAAGAAGAUCUAAUACUAAUACAUGAACCAAAGGUUGACUCCAUGGUUUCGGGGAUGACUUCAUAUUUAAUCAUUCACACUGAAUCAAUCUGAGAAUUUAAUGGAUUUGAAUGGAACAUGGGAGAUAAUUGAAAAUAUAUUAUUGAAAAUCUGUUUUUCUUAUUAUUAAUUAUUUUGUUUUGGUGUUUUUAUAAGUCCUGUCAAGCUUACAAUUCAGCCAGCAACUGCAGUCAUUACAUUUACCCAGAAAAUUAAACAGGUGAUUUCUUUCAUUGAAGGGGAAGUAAAGUCUAAAAUAGAAUAAGGAUAGAAAUGCUGUAUUUUGAAUACUAAACAUAAACAUGAACUUACUGCACCACAAGCCUAAUCAAACAAAUGAUUUAUGCUUUCAGAGUUGGCCACAGGGGGUCACCGUCUUGUAACUUUGUUAUACAUCUUUGCAAGACUAAGACUGUGCACAUGCUCAGUGUGGACUGGGCUGCUUAGGGAUCGUCAUAAAUGAUCAAAACAGCACAAGUCAAAUAAUAUCUGCCAGAAGCCGAUACAGCAAGGGCCCUGUCCUUACUGUUUGCCCUAAUGACAAUCUGGUAUGGGAAGCAAGCCAUUGUGCCCCUUGCACCCCAGAGUAAUGUAAAUGACCCAUAUUGGCUAUCUAGGGUGCUUGGCAACAUCUAAGUCCAAUCACUAAGCUCCAUAUUCUGUCACUUCUUGUCAGUGAUAAUAGCAUCAUGUCCCUAGUUUUUUUUCCACCACCAGUAAUUGCUUGAGGCAUCUUCUGCCUCUGGUGCACAUCAUCCUCUGGUGCACAAGAAGGUGGGAGCUGAGACCAUGUGGCCUAGGGGCGUCAAAGAGGAAAAUCUGUGCCUGUAUCGGAGGUUUGAGAGUGCCACAACUAGUCAUAUUUAAGUUACACACGUGUGAAAUCUGUGGUCUUGUAACCACCUUAAAUUGAUUAUACAUGGUCCAAUAAAAUCGCCCCCUCCGCAGCUCAACAGCCAAUUUAUGAGGCCCUUGCAAGAUCCUGCAUGAUGGACAUGUUGAAUGGAUACUGAUUGGUCAAGCUUGAAUAUCCUAAUCGUGAUAAGCGAUUUUUUUUUCACCAGGCAUGGAUUCGCAGCAAAUUUCAACACUUUGCCAGAUUUUUCACAAAUUUUUGUGCAGCAAAAAUCCUCAUUGGCAAAAUUGUCACUGAAACAAAAAAGUCACCAUAAGAAAAAAAAUACGCCCGAUGACUUUGUAAAAGCAUUUUUGACGCCAAUUGGCUUCAAUUCGUUUUGCAAAUUUUUUGCCACCUUACGAACUUUCUCACCGUUUCGUGAAUUUUCCGGCAAAGUGAAACGGGACAGAUUCGCUCAUCACUAGUGUUUAAAGCUGAAACUUACCUGGUUGAAUUCUCUUUAACAAAAGUCUGAAAGGAAUCCGAACAUUCUGGAGUCAGUGUAAAUAAAAUGCAAGAUGGAAUUAGAGAGAACAGAACUAACAAUACCUUUCGAAACAAGUAAAUUGAACAAUGAGUAUAAUAAAUUAUUUAUUUAAGCAAA